UGAGUCCUGUUUAAAAUGGCUUCGCCGCUGUCUUGGCAGAUCAAGUGCUCGAUGUGUUUGAGCGAUUUCACCGAUCCAGUGGUGCUGUCCUGUGAGCACUCUUUCUGUCGCCAGUGCAUCACCGGCCACCUCCACAGCAGCGGGGGCCAGGGCCUCUGUCCUGAGUGUCGCAGGCCUUACGCAGAGAAAGAUCUGCACUCCAGUCGGCUUCUGAGAAACAUGACGGGCGUCGUGAGACAGCACCUUACAGCACAGCAAGACCGGGUGGACACCUCAUCCGAUCGAGCACCGCAGGUCCUGAGCGACAUGCUGAUGUGCAGGGAACACGACGAGAAGCUGAAGCUUUUCUGCGAAACGGAUCAGAAACUCCUGUGUGUGGUGUGUCGGGAUGGACAGAAGCACCUAGGCCACCGUUUUAAACCUGUGAAGGAGGCUGCUCAGAUAGUCAAGGAGACAGUAAAGGGUGCUUUGGGCUUCCUCAACAACGAUAACACACAGCUGGACAUGAUGACCCAAAAACAGGCAACUGAAGUCACUAAGACCCAGAUGAAGGCCAAUCAGCUUUUAGCCCAGAUAUCUGCUCAGUUUGAAGAGAUGCACAACUUCCUUAAGAAGAAAGAGGCGGAAAUAAAAAAACAGUUGGAGACUGAAGAGCAGGAUGCCGUCACCGCCAUGUGCAAAAACACAUCCCUGAUCAAUGAAAGAAUGAUGGAAGGAAACGAGUUAGAAUGUAUUUUUCAGUCUGCAUUGGAUAUCAAUCAGCCUGAUCACUUCUUACAGUGGUGGAGUGAAAAAGGAUUUCCUGUUACACAAAGAAUGAAAACAAAAAGCAACAUGAAUCCGAAUAUCAAGUACGAUUCACGGGCUAAAAGUCUUAGAGUAAUUCCACACUCUUUGUUCUUUGGCCCUUAUGAGACUCACCUCCAGUUCUUUGUAUGGAAGGCCAUGCUGGGAGCAGUUAAGCCUGUUCCAGAGAUUUUAAGCAUAAAGGACUCUACAGACGCGUACCUCAAGAUAUCACCAGGAAAAUCAAGUGUCCGGCAAGCAGACCGGCAAACCGGUUAUUUCAAGGACUACAAUCCAGGCGCGGUCUCUGAACAGACGUUCCAGUCUGGCCAGCACUACUGGGAGAUUGAAGUUGGAAACAAGUUAGCCUGGAGCAUCGGGAUUAUAACAGAGUUGGAAAAAGGAUCCAAAAAGGAAUCAAUUCAAUCCAAAGAUCCAAAAGAUGUAUAUCUCAACUUGGUCAACGACGAAGGAUACACCCUGAGCUCAAACGGCGAAGAGUUUCCCAUUGAGGUCAAGAGAAAGCCCAGCAAAAUAGGGCUCUAUCUGGACUGUGACAGGAAACAGGUCUCCUUCUACGAUGCAGACGUCAUGACUCAGAUUCUCAUCACCGGCUAUAAAUCCACCCGGCCUUGCUGCAUUAGUUUUUUCCCAGGAGUUUACCUGGAUGGAGCGAACAUCGACCCGGUCACAGUAUGUUCAUAUGGGUCUAAUUCCAAACCCAGUCCAUGAUACCAACCUAAAAUCCUCAAUAAUCUCAAUCUACUCAGAUCACUUAGAUAUCUGGAUUUUGGAUUGACUAAUGAAGAUAUUCUUCUUGGGUUUUAGGCAAGCGUGUUUAUGCAACCAUUUAAAAAAGAAUUAUUAAUCAUAUUUCUGCUUAGGCUUGAAACAGACAACGAGAGACUCCGAAAUGUGAUUACAAAGAAGACAUUUGCUUGUAUUGAAAUGCAAAAUGAUUCGCUUUUCUGUGAGGAGGUUAUUAGCAAGCUAAUGAAUAUUAAUGAGCAUUGGGGAUCUGCCUCAUGGAUAUUAAUGACCACUGGGAGAAAACCGGAUAUAAAUAUAAGCUCCAUUUUCAGAUUAAAUAUUACUUGAGAUGCGUUUUGGACACAAUUAACACCAAAUUACUUUAAACAUUAAGACGUAAAACAUAGUUUUUAUUUGUUUUCUAACUUUUUUUACUAUACACUAUGCUUUUAGAAGAAGAGAAUUGGAAUGAAAGCCUGUGAGAGUUCUUGAGUUGUUCCUCUUGGUUUAUCAAAAAAGCACUUAGAAUGUGAGCACUUAGACACUUUCCUUUUUUUUCCAGCGUAUAUAUAUAAUAUAUA